AUGACUCAAUUCUGGUAUUCUUUCCAAAACGCAUUCUCUGGAGAGGUUAUUUACGAAUCUUGGACGCUCUCCUUCUACAAUGUGCUCUUCACUGUCCUACCUCCAUUCGCGAUGGGAAUCUUUGACCAGUUCAUCUCCGCCCGAUUGCUCGACCGCUACCCACAGCUGUACCAGCUGGGCCAGAGUGGCGUCUUCUUCAAGAGGCACAGCUUUUGGGCUUGGAUUCUGAAUGGAUUCUUCCACUCUCUCAUCCUAUACAUUGUCUCCGAGUUGCUCUUCUACUGGGACCUUCCUAUGGCAGACGGCCAGGUCGCCGGCCACUGGGUCUGGGGUGAAGCUCUGUACACCGCCGUGCUAGGUACCGUUCUCGGCAAAGCCGCUCUGAUCACCAACGUCUGGACCAAGUACACCUUCAUUGCUAUCCCAGGAUCAAUGGCACUGUGGCUCAUCUUCCUCCCGGCAUAUGGUUUCGCCGCCCCGGCUUUGGGCUUCUCGCGUGAAUACUACGGCACCAUCCCCGUGCUCUUCAAGUCCCCCAUCUUCUACCUGAUGGCCAUCGUCCUACCCUGUAUAUGCCUCCUACGUGAUUAUGCCUGGAAGUACGCCAAGCGCAUGUACUACCCACAACAAUACCACCACGUCCAGGAAAUCCAGAAAUACAAUGUGCAGGAUUAUCGUCCACGCAUGGAGCAGUUCCAAAAAGCCAUCCGGAAGGUUCGCCAGGUCCAGCGCAUGCGCAAGCAGCGCGGAUACGCCUUCUCCCAAGCCGACGAUGGCGGCCAAAUGCGUGUUCUCAAUGCUUACGAUACUACCCGGAGUCGUGGGCGGUAUGGUGAGAUGGCUAGCUCUAGGCCUAUGGCGUGA